AUGGAAGAAGGAAUCCUCUCCACUUUGAUUCAAUUCUAUGACCCAUUGUAUCAUUGCUUCACCUUCCCUGAUUAUCAACUAUUGCCUAUCUUGGAAGAGUAUUCAAGCAUCAUUGGGUUGCUCAUUACUGGAAGAGUUCCUUUCACUGGUUUAGAACAAGAUCCUAAGCCUUGUGAGAUUGCAAAAUCUACUUAUUUGAGAAAGGGAGAAAUUGAAAAGAACAUGGUUACUAAAGGAGGAUUACCUGGGUUACCCGCUGAGUUCUUAAUUGAGAAAGCUCUCACUUUGUCACAAGAAAGAAAGGAAGAAGACUUUGAAGCUAUUUUUGCCUUGUUGGUGUAUGGAUUGUUCUUGUUCCCUAACAUUAACAAAUUUGUUGAUAUGAAUGCCAUCAAGAUCUUUAUGAAGAAGAAUCAUGUUCCUACCUUACUUGGGGACACUUACUAUUCUAUUCAUCACAGAAAUUCCAAUGGGAAGGGAAUUGUUACCUGUUGUACUCCUUUGCUAUACAAGUGGUACAUAUCUCAUCUGCCUGACACCUCUGAAUUCUGGAGCCAGAAAGAAGGAUUGAAAUGGUCACACAAGACCAUGACUCUUACCAACGUUGAGAUUGUUUGGACAAACAAUCACUUAUGUAAUAUGAAGACUUUGGACUGCUAUGGUAAUUUCCCUAAUGCGCCCCUCAUUGGUACAAAAAGAGCAAUCAACUAUAGCCCCGUGUUAGCUCGUCGUUAA